UGUGAAUGUCGGACAAAUGUCAAACAAAACUUCAGUCCAACGAAACGUCCAUGACGGUCCAAAUUGGUCCAAAUGAGGGACGAAUCGAACCCUCUCGUCGCAACCAACCCAACGAAACCAUGUCCCAAACAGAAUGGAACAAUAACUAAAACGCCUGGAAUUGGAACUCAUAAGAUUUGAUUAUGGCAUAAAAUUAUGAGAACAACCCUCAAAAAGAAUGAAACAAAUUGCAAAUAUAAACGAACCAUAACCAAUGCAAAUUCCUGCCAAAAAUGUGGAUGGCUGGAUGUCUUGCCCUAAAACAAUAAUAGAACAUCCAGGUUUAGCCUACCUGUGUUAUUUAAACGAAAUUAUUGUAACGAAAAAACUUGACGCCUUGCAUAAAAUUAUAGGCAAAGCUGACGUUUGUUACACAAUUUACAAUAACGAAGACCAAAAAGUUUUUGUAGGCGUUAAAAGGACAGGUUGCAAAAGUUUUGCUGUAAAAUUUUUCAAUAAUUAUGGUAACGAGGUUAUUGUAAUUAAAAAACCCUUUGCAUUUUUUGCCAAUAGAGCUCAAGUAUGGGCACCACCAGGUAAUUACGUGGGCUGCGUUGAGAAGAAGUUUGCUACCAACACAUUUUUGGUGAAGAACAGAAAUGGUGAUAAGGUUUUGAAUGUAAAAAGUCAGUCAUCCUGCUGUAGUGAUUAUGAUGUCCUGCAGAACGAUGAGCUUGUUGGUCACAUAAAAAGGUGGACAGUAAAUUCUAUGCCUAUUACGAGUACUGAUUUUGCAGUGUCUUUUCCAGCACAGAUGGAUAUAAACAAUAAAGUAAUAUUGCUGGGUGCCUGCUUUUUAAUCCGUUAUUCAAAAUACUGAGAAGAUACUGUACUUUACCUUGCCUGUAUUUUUAAAUCUAUAUCCAUUCUUAAAUAUAGUAGAAAUUAAUUAUUAAAUAAAAGACUAUAUAUACAUCA